CUAAAAUUCAAACAAUAAUGUUGACUAUUUUACUUCUGUUAUUUAUUGUAGCGAUAACUUAUUAUUAUCUUAAGUGGAACUAUGAUUUUUGGCAAGUUCGUGGCGUUCCAUUUGAGAAACCUGUGUUGUUUUUUGGUAAUUUUAAAAAAUCAAUAACAAGACUGAGGCAUGUGUCUGAAGAUUUUACUGAACUUUAUAACAAAUACAAAGGAACAGCAAACUUCAUCGGAAUCUUCCAAAUGCGUGAGCCCCGAAUAAUGGUCAUCGAGCCAAAGCUAGUCAAUGAAGUUUUAAUCAGAAAAUUCAAUCACUUUAGUGCCAAUGAAUUUAGCAAGAUUUUUAAUCCGAAAAUUGAUCCGCUGUUCACGAGAAAUCCAUUUUUGGCAAGCGGCGACUCAUGGAAAGAAUAUCGUAGUGAAAUUGCCACAGCAUUCUCAUCAGUCCGUUUAAGGACAAUGUAUCCAAUUAUGGAAUCGGUUGUCGACAAUUUACACAGUCAAGUCAUUUAUCACAUAAAUCAGCCAUUUGAAGCACGAGAAUUGUCACUCAGAUUCACAGCUGACAUCGUCUCAAAUUGUAUAUUCAAUCUCAACUCAGAUUGUUUGUCAGGCUGCUGUAAAGUCAGAACAAUGUCGAAAAAGUUGUCAUCACCGCCAAAAAAGACAGUCUUGUUCAUGAUUAUUGCUGAAAUUUUCCCAAUUUGUCGUAAAUUUCUUCCAAUGAAGUUCAUAACCGAUGACGUUGAGGAAUUUUUCCUCGACUUUUUUGAGCGCUCAAUGCGAUUAAGAAAGCGCACUGGAAUUAAAGUUGAUGAUUUUCUGGAUUAUGUGAUUUCCCUGCGGGAAAAAAAGAAAUUGUCGCAUAAAGACGUUGCGGGUCAUUUGACAACUUUUUUCUCGGAUGGACUAGAAACAACAAGCCUUCUUAUUGCACAUACGUUAUAUGAGCUUGCAAAUAAUGAAGGGGUUCAGUGCAAACUGCGCGAUGAAAUUAAUAGAUAUAUUGACACUUACGACGAAAUAUCAUAUGAUGUGCUUAAUGAAAUGGCUUAUCUUGAACUUGUCAUAGCUGAAACAUUGCGGCUACACCCACCAUUCACAAUAAUAUCAAAAGAAUGUACGUCAGAUGUUCGACUAGAAGUGACAAAAGGAAGAACAGUCUUAAUAGAAAAAGGAACAAAUGUUUACAUUCCAUUAUAUCAGAUCCAAAAUGACCCAGAAUAUUUUCCAAAGCCAAAGGAAUUCAUACCAGAAAGAUGUUCACAUCACUACAGCUAUGAUGGCUUAUACUUGCCAUUUGGAAAUGGCACAAGACAAUGCUUGGGGAUGAAAUUUGCAUCGAUGGCAUGUAAAGCAGCUGUUGUACAACUUGUGAAGAAUUUCAAAAUUACUGUGAAUAGCAGGACGAGUGAGGAGUUGAGGAUUGAUCCAAAUGAGUUUUUGAAUAUUAAGAAAGGUGGAUUGUGGCUUAAUUUCAAGCCUGUACACAUGUUUCAGAUUUGAAUUUAAUUGAUAUUUAAAAAUUUGAUGAAAGACUGCACGCCUCAAUGCAAGAAUAGGAAUUUAAUAUUUAUUGGUUAUUUUAAGAAUUUUUGAGCAUUAAAUAAGUUUAAAGCUAUUGAUGACUAGCUAUUAAUGCUAUUAAAGGUAUUCUAAGGAACUGAUUAAGAUUAAGGAUCCAACAGUCCAAUAACUGACCUCCUACCUUCCCCAAAACAGAGAUUAGAUUAUCAAGUAAUUAGAGCAGUAGUGUAAGUUACAUAAUUUUUUGUGAUAAUAAAAAUUAAAUUACAUUAUUAAGUGAUAAGUAGA